UAAUGUUUUAUAACUGUACGAUUGGUUACUUAUUUUUAAUAGCUAUAAGUCAACAUCAGAAGGUAUUAAUAUUUACAUAUCUACUUUCAAUCAUGAGUGUGAAUAUGGUUCUCUUUCUUUAUUGCCAUGCAGGUCAAUGCCUUUAUAACGAAAGUACGAAAUUAAGCGAUUCUUUAUAUCAUAGUUGUUGGUAUAAUUUGAAUCCACUUCAACUUAAACACCAACUAAUAUUCCUAACUCAAUCUCAAAUUUGUUUACGGCUUACUGGCAAAAAUAUUUGCAUUUUCUCUUAUGAAAGUUUUUUGAAUGUAAUUAAGUCAUCAAUGGCCUACUUCUCUGUUCUCCGGAAGAUUUUGUAAAAUAUUUCAUAAAUUUUUCUGAAUUUUGACGAUCAGAAU